AUGCCACAAAACCACUCGACCUCUUCGAGCCAAUCACAACAACAGCUGCUCCCUCCUCCUCUCCAUCCAACAUUAACAGCAGCAUUAACCAAUCUUUCUCAACAACCCCAACCACGUAUUUCAUUCUCUCCCAUGGGUAAUUUAUUCGGAUCCGAAGAGGACGAUGCACUCAAUCGUGAACAAUUGUUUUUAAAUUCAGGACUUCUUUCGAAUUUAGCCUAUGUUCAACGAUGUUUUGAUCAACAAUAUUAUUUAUAUCCAAUUAAUAUUGAAGAUGUUUUCAAAAAGAAUGCUCUUCAUCAUGCUUGUAAAUGGGGUAAUACUCAUAUUGUGAAAUACUUGAUAUCAAAAGGAAUAUCUAUUAAUGCUAAAGAUUCUAAUGGAAAUACUCCACUACAUUUAUCUUGUGAAGAAGGAUAUUUAGAAAUUGUAAAAUUAUUAAUCUCACAUCCCUCAAUUAAAAUUUAUUUGAAAAAUAAGGAUUUUCAAACACCAAGACGAAAGGCACAAGUUGCAGGACAUGAUUGUGUCUUGUCAUUGAUUGAUAAAUUUAUGGGAAAUGUAAAUUUAAUGAAAGAUAAUUUAAAGAAUCAAGUCAUUGAUCGUGAUGCAUACUAUUCCAAUUACAAACUCAGUGAUAUUGAUGUCUUGAUCACAUCAAAGUAUUGA